UCGUACGGCUUUGUUAGUGCCCCGGUUUGAGUCGUACCGGUGUGAUCUUGCGGCCCACGCGGAAGUGCAGCUCCCCCGGGCGAUCCAACCGAUGGUAGGGGUACAUACGUACCGUACCGUACGUUCGAGUCGGCAGGCUCAUUCGAGUCGAUUCCAGCGCAUCGAUGGCUGACGAAUCGGGUGCGGGCCGUCUGGCUGCGUGUCCGGACGGCGGGGUCCCGUGCGCAGUGCGUAGACCCAACGUGCUACGUACCGUUCUUGCGUACGUACGGUCGUCAGAAUCGCGAGAUUCCUUCCUUUGACGCGCCUCACGGUAAAGUACGGCACGGACGUACGGUAAUUUGAUGCAGCGACGUACGGCCGGCGGACGGUCCAUCCUGUACGUGCGGUAUGGGUCGACGACGUCUGUCGUCCCUAAUUUUGUUGCAACGCGAUUGGCUGGGGACCGGGCAAUUGCCUCCGUGUCACAUACCAUACCCCAUACUGUACCCACCAAACAACAACAGCGCUACAGGAAUUCCCGUAACGAAAGCUACACCCGAAGCUACUUCAAUGUAAUGUACGAGUACUCGUGCGAGUGCGUACGUAGGGAAUCGAAUCGUAGUUCGGUCCUGUAAGUACGUACUGUACCACGCACGGUUCGAUAGAUUCCGUUCUACGACUCCGACGGCGGUUCCGCCAUACUGAACGGGAGAGGGCAAUUACGGUACCGGGACGUACGCAAUGCAAUAGUGAUCGCCGACUCUGUUGCCUCGUAUCGUAUCGUAUGGUACUGUAUUGUACGGAUGGGACGGUAGUACUGUAUACUCCCAGUCCCAAACCAACACUGAAGGUUGGGUGCGUUCCCCCCAGUUGUUUGCGGUCUUCUUUGUCGUUCAGUCAAAAUUCAAUCUGUUCUCCCCCCCCGGUUUGUUUCUCUUGACUCGAAUUUUCUGUGGCACGAGCGCAGAGCUACGAUCGCGGUCGUUCCGCAGUAAAAGUACGGGUAAUCACCGUACUUGACGGAACGUACCAUCUUGGUUUGGCCCGAUUGGUCGAUUCAUUCGUCGAUUCUUCCAAAACGAUUUAGAUUCCAACAUCAAACACAAACCAACCCAUCAACAGACCCUGCCGAGACAGGAGACCGGACCGACGUCUUCCGCAACCACAACCACAACCACAACCACAACCACAACCACAACCACAACCACCCACUCGUAUCACACCGAAAGAAGCCGAGGCACUUGCUGUUGGUUGGCUGUUCUGCAGAGGACCCGGACAGAACGAGAGAGAGAGAAGAGAACAACCGAGCAGAGAAGAGAACCACAGAGAAAGAGCGCAGAAGAGAACGGGCUACGGCGCCUCGGAAAGAACUCCACCCCGCUGCACGCACGACACCGCGAUCUACCAUGGCGGACACGGUGGCUCCGGAAGACGCUCCGGCUCCCCCUCAAGGGUCUCCGGCAUCGGUCCCGGCCGGAACCGACCCUCCACCGGGGGAAAAAGGGGAGGCCCCCCUCGAGAAGAAGGAGACGAGCGGCGGGACCGCUCCCCGCGCGGAAGAAGACGCCGCCACCCGGCGGAAGCGGCUCCACGAGCAAGCCAGGGCCCACGCCCUGGACCACCGGACCACCAAGUACAAGGGGGUGUCCACCAAGAGGAAGCAGGAGGUGCAGAAGAUGCAUCGGAUGCACACCAACAGCAUCCAGCAGAAGCGGCAGAAGCAGAAGAACCCCCGUCCCGGGCCGCUCGGAGCGAAGAGGAAGGGGGGCCGCCUCCGCGGGACCCGCUCCGGGGCUUCCAAGGUUUCUGUUUCUCCCCACCGCCGAAAUCCAAGCGGGGGGGGAUUUGCCGCCAUGCAACCCUCUGGGCACGGGCACCUCCCAUCGAUGCACCCUGCAAGGAUGCAAAUGCACGCCCCGCUGGGGCCACAAGCCGGGGUCCCCCUGUGGCACCUCCGGGGGCGAAUCCCGGCCGGGGCCCACCAGGGGCAGCUGCAGCUGGAGCUGGAUCUCCUGCGGCGGCAGCAACACCAACAGCAACUCCAGCAAGCACCCUUUGGGUACCACCCCCACCCCUCCCGAGGCGUCCCUUCCUUUCCCCUGCACGCAGGCAUGGUUGGAGCUUGGGAAAAGGCAAACGGUGGCCAUCCCCCAGCCGGCUACGGGACCAAGACAACGGGGGACGCAAGCGAGAGCCCGGCCCCAACCGGGGGUUCGACGCACGUGACUCCGAGUCCCAAGCAGGCUGGCACGAAGGAAAAGGGAGGCGACCGAACAACCCCGCCGAUGUCGAUGCCGAUGCAGAUGUCGAUGCCGAUGCAAGCGAGCGCCACCCACAACAAGGAGAACGAGAACGAACCCGGGAAGACCAAAACGGACUGCGACCCGAGGGCUGGAGUUGCAGCUGCAGCUGCAUCGGCCGAGGGCCCGGCUCCUGCCACCGGGGAAUCCGGCAAGGAGGGUGAAUCACCCGACAACCCGGGAGCAAGACCGACGGAACGAAAACAAGAACGAGAACAAGAAAAAGAACGAGAAACCAAAGCACCCCAAGGGGAGGCCACCGCCCACCUUCCGGCCACCCUUCCUGGUAGUAUUCUCCACGGUGGAACCCAUUCCUUCGAUCCCCUCGCGGGCGGUGUGCCCGGGGGGAUGCAUCCCUCCGCAAUGCUUCACCACCCACUGGGCUUGGGCGUCGGCGUCGGCGUGGCAAUGGGGGGCCUGAGAAUGGGAAUGGGGACGACCCAGCGGCAGGGGAUCCCGGCCUUUGCGAGCUUUGGACCGCCGGUGGGCCCGGCCUUUGCGACGCCGCCGCCGCUGGGGGGAACCGGGGGAAGGGCACGCAGGCCCCGCGUCCGGAAGAACAAGAAGCGCCUCCGCCGAAAGGUCUGGGACGAAAACUACGAGGCAGCGACAACGGCUUCCGGCCAGGGGGCCGGGAAGCCCCCGCGCAAGAAGGCCCGCUUCAAGCCCACCCGGGCCUUUCUCAAGGAACACCUGUCCGGCCUGGUCCGCUGGAAGCAGGAGGCCAGCGCCCGCAACGAGGCGGCGAGGCACGACGCGGGGCUGGAACUCGGGAACGGCAGCGUCAAGGCCUACGUCGAGGAAAUCUUUGUGGAAGCGGACCGGGAGUCGGCCCGCAGGAUCGUCUCCAAGCACUGGAACGAGAGCGGCCUCGGCCAGGUCCUUUUGCGAGCGACGGAAACAGAAAAAGCAACAGCCACAGAAACGGAAACAGCCACGGAAACAGCAACGGGAAAAGGGGAAGGGGGACGGGAGCCUCCCUGCACCACGGAGGGAUCCACCGCGGGCCCCCCGCUGCCACCGACGGCCGCCGAGCUCAAGCGGCGCGAGAGGGAAGCCAAGAAACGCGAAAAAGAGCGACUCGCCGCGGAGCGGAGGAAAAAGAGGGAGUGGGAGGAGGCCAUCAAGGCCAGGAUGAACGGGUACAUCGAGGAGGCCCUGGCCCCCAGGCCGCCCAAGAAGUACGUCCGGAAAAAGCCACCGGUCAAGAAGGUCCAGCCGCCCAAGCUCGAGCUGGGAGCCGUCCGGGAGAUCGCGGCAAGGGUCCCCGGCCUCGCCGAGGUCAACUUCAACGAGGCCUCCCGGGCGAUCUCCUUCACCAAACCCGCCCCCGGUUCGAGGGAAAGGAUGCGAUUCGACGUCUACUACUCCACCGGGACGGUCGGGACACGGCUCCCCCUGGUCCUCCCCCCGGGGGAGGAACCCCCCAGGGACAAGAUCGGCCGGGUCAAGAAAAUGACCCACCUCAUCCGCCGGGACGUCUCCUCCCCGGAGAUCCUCGAGGCCAUCUUUUCGGACCCCUACGCACACGGCGGGGCCAGGCCGAGGGAGGGGACCUCCAACCGCGCCAGGAACGACCUGCGGCUCGCCCAGCAGAACGACCGCUUCCAUAGGGCCUUCCACGACGCCCUGCACGGCAUCAUCGACACGACGGGGGACCACCCCAGGUCCCACUUUCUCAACUGGGGGACCAGCCGCUUCCUCGAGCAGCUCGCCAGGAGCGUCUUUUCCUUUCGGCGGAUCAAGAGCGGGUCCAACCAGAUCAACGUUCCGCCCCCGCACGGGGGGGACGAAGGCGAGCCUCCUCGUGAGGGAACCGAGUACAUCGACAUGGAGAACGGCAUCCUCGAGGUGGUCCAGAAGAUGAUCCAGAAAUCGCCCCGCCUGAGCGAGCGGUGGGAGCUCAAAGAAAAGAAACAAGCGGCCUCCAAAAGCUCCGGAGGCAGCAGCAGCAAAACCGAGAGGCACGCCGGGGACCACCUUGCCUGCGGGGGGGGCCGCCACGGGGAGAGCAGCGACGAGCACGACGGCAACGAACACGAACACGAACACGACGACGGGGAGGGAGAACGCAUGGACCUCGCGGACGAACACGAACACGACGACAACGACGACGAAGAAUUUGGCCACCGGAUGCUGGGAUUGUAGAAACCCAACAAAACGGGGGACGGAACCAUCCGACGGAUCGGGGCUCGGAACCGAAAAAGCACCGCGGCGAUGCAGACCACGCCACGCCACACACGCACACACACACGCA